AUGAUUUCGUCAAAUAAUUUACCCAUAUCAAAUCGUAUGUUACAGAAACAGAAUUCAUUGCUUCUUUUAAAUCAAGAAGCUAGAAAAUUCGAUUUUGAUGAUAAACUUCUCCUACCGAAUUCAACCCGUUCACUCAAGAGACGUACAAGUUUACUCGCGAAGAGUCGAGAUUGGGCUCGACGUCUUAUAACUCUUCAUCGACCUCGUCGUAAUACAUUUUCCAAUGAGAAAAUUCGUGAAACAUGUUCAGCAUUCAAUAAAAAGUUAGAAGCAAAACCAGAUUCUUCACAUGAAUUCUUACAUAAUUAUCAGAAGAGUUUUGAUGAAGAUGGAUAUCUAUCCCCAAUGGAGAUAAAAGCUAAACUUGAUAACAUCUCUCAAGAGUAUACUAAUCAUCGUCAUCAUCAAUCUGAUCCAAAAUUACCAACAAAUUCUGAACAUUAUCUUGUUAAUUCUAAUACUAAUACAAAUGUAGCUCAACGAGUCUAUCGAUAUCAUGAUCCAAAUAUUCAAACAUUAGCGUCACAUUAUAUAUGUGAAGAACUGAAACCUUUACCAAAAACAUCGUUUGCUGCAGAAUUUCAAAAGUCUCUUUCAAUUUUUGAUUAUAUCGAUUUUGAUGUGCCGAAAGAAUCAUCUAAAUCAAAUGACGAUGAUGAUUCACUCGAAAGUUUAAAAUAUUUAUUCAAUGAUGAUCAUAAACAACAACAAAAAAAUGUCUCUCGCCGUAUUUUACGUCGAUCGACAAAUGCAUCAUCGAUAUCAACCGAUUCAGGUUAUAGUGAUUUACCAAUAUUAUCAUCAAAAAUUAUUCCUGUACAUUUAAUACCAUGUACCUUAGUACCGGUGAAUGUAACAACGCCUGAUUCAAUGAAUAUUUGUCGUAUAGCAUGUACGUGUCGGCCACCUCCACCUCCGCCUCCAUCAGCAUCAUCAUCGUCAACGUGUUUACUUAAUAAAUACGAACGAAAACUUUCUUCCCAUUCAUCUCGUCCUCAGCUAUGUCAUCAGCCAUUGUCAAAUAUAGAUAAAACUGAGAAUGGUACUCAUCAUUCGUGUGCUUGUAAUAAUAGAUAUCAUUCAGCUAUGGCAAUCUAUCCAUCGGUACCUGUACCGUUGACUAAAUCAAGUAGAUCCGUGGCACAAUUUGAUGAUCAUAGAGGAGAAUAUUAUUGUAAACCACGACAUGAAGAACAAAAACGACAUUUUAAAUCGAAACAAACAAGUCUAAUGAGACUUCCUAAUCUCACCGAUGACACGACAUCUAUAUCGCGCUGGUAUAAGCCAUAUUUAGAAAGAGAAGCAGUAUGCGAUGCCCUUCAACAAGCUGAUUAUGGUGGAUUCAUUCUGCGGAAUAGUACAACACAUACAGACUGUUAUGCACUUUCAAUAAAAGUUCCGAAAUUUACACACGAAUCAAAUAUAGUUCAUUAUCUUAUUGAAAAAAUUAUUGUUGAUAGCCGCCCGAAUUAUCGUAUCAAAGGAACUAUAAAACAAUUUCCAACGCUUCUGUCACUUUUAAUACACCAUUCAGUUAUGCCAGAAAUUUUACCAAUAACACUUAAUCUAAAUGAAUCGUUUACUAUUUGA